AUGGGGGAAUGUCCAGCGAUCGAAGGAUCAGGUACACUAACUGGCGAGCCGAUCACUGGUACUCUCACGUUCAAAAGCCUCAUCACAUACAUCAACUACGCAUGUCUUGGACUCACGCUCAUUCUGUGGCUGGUACUGGCAAUUCCGCACCUGAGGCGGUACAGGGCUCCUGACGAGCAACGGCCUAUUUUUCGCAUCAUAUCAACGCCUCUCGUUUUCGCCAUUUUUGCUCUCAUAUCCGUGCAUGUCUACACAGCGGCCGAGUACGUGGAUCCUAUAGCCAACCUCUACGAAGCAUACGCUCUUGCUUCGCUGUUUUUGCUGUAUGUCCAUUACGUUGUCCCAGAAGCGCGCAAUCGGAACGAAUUCUUUCGCAAUCUGGAGGCCAAGGCAAGGGACGGAAAACCAAUUCGGGAUGGCAGCAUACGUUGGUUUAUGCGUAUAUGGAGAACUGUGUUCUUCUUCGUGGUGAUCUACACGAUUCUAAUUAUCGUCCAAGAAAUCCUCCAGGCAACUGGCCACGUCUGUUCAACAACCAAGAAAGGAAAACGUGGGCAGAUCAUUCUAUCCGUGUUACAGACAAUUUCCAUGGUAUAUGCUCUCCUGGCAAUCCUGAGAUUUCAGCGACGUUUGAAAAAAUACAUGGAAGGACGACGGGCAAUUAUGAAAUUGAUUUCAUUCAAGCUAUUCGUCGCAAUCCAGGUGCUCCAGCGCUUCAUUUUCAGCAUAGUGAGCACACAGGUCCAAGGCGGGGCCAAGGUCACCCAUCUCGAUAUCUCUAUCGGCCUACCUGCGCUGUUAACCUCAAUUGAAAGUUUGAUUUUCAGCGUCUGGUUCUACUUCACCUUCCACUCGAAAGAAUACCAAGAAGUAGUGGACACAGGAGACAAGAAAUACAGCAUGUUCCGCGCGCUGCUGCACGCUCUGAAUCCCAUCGAUAUCAUACAUGGAGUCAUCAUUGCGUUCACACCGGGGAAGACUCCGUCGUUUGGGAACCAUGAUCAGGUGUCGACCAUUCACCAUGGUGCGACCAAGCCCGUCUGA